UUUAACACUGCCAGAAGUGGCUGAUUAAGUACUCCAGGAAAGUCCAGCAGUGCCCUGAAUGUUUCUGCAGUCCUUACGAGGAUCACCUUGCUCAGGCACUUUGUUUAGCAGAGUAACAGGCUCAUUUCUCUCAAUAACAACGUCAACAAAUGGGAGAAAGCAGGAACUGAGUCUGUACUUGCCUACUGCUAUCAGAAAAGAGCAGACUUAAUUAAGAAAAUUGACUGCAUUUCAAGGAAAUAUUGCCCACAACCAAUUGACUGCAUCAGAUGGAGAGUAGGAGCAUAAGGAAGGCAAGCCUUGCUAAGUAUGUUUUAAGAGGAAAAGUAAUUCUGCUGCUUUAUGUUUUCAGAUCAGGGCUGUCCCUCCUGUCUGCGACCUCCUGAGUGUCUUGAAAAAGGAGGAAGAAAACUGUGCUGAGAUUUUGUCCCUGGAGGCAAGGAACAGGACGCCUGAAAACGAUCUCCUAAGCUCAGGUGAAGAUGUGCUGGGAUGUGGGAUAACAUGAGCUGCUGGCCUUCGUCUGCUGUGGGAUACACUGUCAGUGCUCACUGCCCCAAAUUCUUCCAGAUGCUGACUGGGAAACAAGGUUUUGUGUAUCGAAACUGCACCAGCGAAGGUUGGUCCCAUCCAUAUCCAAGACCAGAUAUUGCUUGUGGCUACAAUGUCAAUGACACAACAAACGAGGCGAGACGUUCCUAUUUCAUGACCCUGAAGACCAUGUACACCGUUGGGUACUGCACCUCCCUGGUGACGCUGACAAUUGCCUUGGUGGUCCUGGCCUCUUUAAGGAGACUUCGCUGUACAAGGAACUACAUCCACAUGCAUCUCUUCACAUCGUUCAUUUUGCGAGCCUCAUCAAAUUUCAUCAAAGAUAAUGUUUUGUUUUCCUCUGAAGACACAAACUACUGUGAGGCAUACACGGCUGGCUGUAAGCUUACCAUGGUCUUCUUUCAGUAUUGCAUCAUGUCUAACUACAGCUGGCUCCUUGUGGAGGGACUGUACCUCCACUCUCUCCUGGUCAUUUCCUUCUUCUCAGAAAAGAAGUUCCUUUGGUGGUUCAUCAGCCUUGGAUGGGGUGCCCCAACUGUCUUUGUUGCUGCUUGGGCAACUGCAAGACAGCUCAGUGAAAAUAUUGGGUGUUGGGACAUUAACACAAAUGCCAAUACCUGGUGGAUCAUUAGAGGCCCUGUAGUUCUGUCUAUUUUUGUUAAUUUCAUUCUCUUUGUCGACAUUUUAAGGAUCUUGAUGAGGAAGCUCAGCUCACCUGAAGGACGGAGCAGCGAUUUCAACCAGUACAAGAGACUUGCCAAGUCAACACUUCUCCUCAUCCCACUCUUUGGGGUUCACUACAUCAUCUUUGCUUUCUUCCCUGAAGACGCAAGUAGUGGCACAAUGGAAAUCCAGCUGUUUUUUGAGUUGGCUCUUGGAUCAUUCCAGGGUUUUGUCGUGGCUGUACUUUAUUGUUUUCUUAACGGUGAGGUUCAGCUGGAAGUUCAGAGAAAAUGGAGACAGUGGCACUUAAGCAAACACCUGCGUCAGCAGCUCAGCACCUCAGCGAGUAACGGAGGAAGCGGCCUAACUCAAGAGAUGCAGGUGACCAAAGUGAGUCCACCAAAGGACAGGAAGGCAACUCCCCAAAGAUCAAGCAUGCUUUAACACUGCAUUCUUAAGGGACACCUCCAUGCUCAGAUACAUGUGGUUAAACCUCAUGGACUGUGCUGGGAGCCUUGUGUAUAUAUCCCACAGUGCGACUUGGCUGUAGAACAGCACUUCUUGAAGCACAUCUGUUCAUCUAUAUCCUGUGUAGCACCAGAGUUACUUUGCAAGGCAAAAUGGGCCAAAACGUUAUUCUCUUAUUUGGGUUUCUGACCAUAAUCAUUUAUGUUUCUGUCCAUACUGAUAUUUUUAAGUUGCUAUUUGUACCUUAAAUGUAGCUCCUCGUUUUCUGUGUGGCUCCCUUCCAAUCCUAGGCCAGGCUGGUGGGUUUCAGAUGUUUUGCCCUUCUUCCGCUGUUGAAGCUAGAAAGAUAUUCAGCUUUGCAAGAUGGUAGUUACAAAUCAUUCUUUGAUAAAGCCCAUGGGUUUGAUAUGCAAGCCAAUUCACACCUAGAAUUUACCAGGGUCCCAAGUCCUUCAGUUGUGGUGGACAGUGACAGACACAGUGAAUACAAACCACAGUCAGGCUUUUGCUUCAGCUGUGACUGCAUGUGCAUUGCGUGGGUACAUUCCAGUGAUGGAGUUUUCUUCCUUUGUCUAACAAUGGAGAUCUUGAAAAUAA